CAACACCAACUCCAUCUCCUUACCUUUGCCAUGUAAAUGACGAGCACAGAACGGAGAUCCUCACGGGCGUUGGCUGGGGUUCAUAUAUUGGACACUGCAUUUGAGCGCAGUUAAGAACUCUCGGUUUAUAAUAUUCGCAGCUACGACCCCUUGAGCAGGUUCCAUUCGCGAUGGAUUGGGACGACGAAGCACCGCCGGAUCUGGUGCCGAGUGGCGUUGAACUGGAGUCUGAAGAGAAGCCUGUAAAAGUUCCCAUCACGAUUGUCACCGGAUACCUCGGUGCGGGCAAGACUACCCUGCUGAACUACAUUCUUACAGCUGAGCAUGGCAAGAAGAUUGCCGUGAUCAUGAAUGAAUUUGGGGACUCCCUGGACAUUGAGAAGUCGUUGACGAUAAAUAAGGAUGGCGAGUCCGUCGAAGAAUGGAUGGAGGUCGGGAAUGGGUGCAUCUGCUGCUCCGUCAAAGACACGGGCGUGGCCGCCAUCGAGUCGCUGAUGGAGAAAAAGGGCAAGUUCGACUACAUUCUCCUCGAGACGACCGGCCUUGCGGAUCCGGGCAACAUCGCCCCUAUGUUUUGGAUGGACGACGGGCUCGGCAGCACCAUCUACCUCGACGGUAUCGUGACUCUCGUCGAUGCCAAGAACAUCCUGCGCAGCCUUGACGAUCCUGCGGGAAAGGUCGAGGGGCACGAGGAGAGCGAUGACGCCCACGGGCCGGUCAUGACGACCGCCCAUGUGCAGAUUUCGCAUGCCGACGUUAUCGUCAUCAACAAAUCCGACCUGGUUGGGGAGCAGGAAUUGCAGGCAGUGAAGGCCAGGAUCGAAUCCAUCAACGGACUGGCCAAGAUGUUCGUGACCUCACGGGGCGUUGUGCCGCAUCUGGAAGGGUUCCUGUUGGAUUUACACGCUUAUGACCGAGUGGAAGAGCUUGACCGCGCGGGACUGGGCCAUAGCCAUCUUGACAAGACGAUAUCGACCAUCUCGAUCCCGCUCCCAGAACUGGCAGAGAAGCAGCAGUCGGCGCUGGAUGCCUGGCUGCGAUCGGUCCUCUGGGAAGGCGUGCUUCCGGGGCACCAGCCGCGUAGCGGUCCGGCGUACGAUAUCCAUCGUCUGAAAGGGCGCUUCUUCGGAGAUGACGGCAGCGAGAAGAUUAUUCAGGGCGUCAGAGAGAUCUUCGACAUUUUCGACAGUCCAUCACAGCCCCCAGCGCCGGAGGGUCCACGUGUGGGCAAGCUUGUCUUGAUCGGGCGCCACCUAGAUAACUUCGACUUCAGGAAAAGUAUAGAUGAUGCUAUCCGAGAGGCUCAACCGGUAUAAGGCACGCACGGGAGGUCCUACAUAGAUAGUAGUUCCGGAUUUGGGGCUAGAGAUACUCAGUACAGGCGUUGAUGGGAUCUUCGGGUUGGCGGAUACUUAAAAGGAUGCGCGGAUGCCGAGCUGUCGCCUCGGGUCACAUCCAGGGGCCGAAACCGCAUCUGUAGGCCAUAUGUGCGAGGGGUGAGCAAGAGCAAUGCCGGAAGUGAGAGGAGCCCCCUGUAUGUAUGUGCACUGUACCCCUUUGUACAUCAGAUAUAGCUCACAUCGACACUGCUGGCCGACCACUUUCCUCCACGCCAGACUCAAGCGAUCA